AUUGGCGAUUGGUUGGGUUCGCCGGCCAAUAGAAACCGGCAUUACAUUUCAGGAUCUGGUAACCACGUUUAUAUUUGUCGUAACGGCUAGAAACUCGGCCAGACUGCCUUUUCGAACGAAGGCUCUAGGGCUUUUAUACGUGUCUCAAGUAGCUCCUUCAUAACCGUCCGUUCACGAUGCCUAAAGCACCAGCGAACCAGGAAGAUGAAGAUCCCACCCCAUACCUCUUCGUCUCACUGGAACAGAAGCGUAUAGAUCAGACCAAGCCCUACGAUGCCAAGAAAUCAUGCUGGGUACCGGACGACAAAGAAGGAUUCGUGCUUGGAGAGAUCAGGGGCACGAAGGGUGACUUGGUUACCGUCCUUGUCCCCGGUGGAGAGACCAAGGAUUUUAAGAAAGAUCAAGUGAGCCAAGUAAACCCACCGAAAUACGAAAAAGUCGAAGAUAUGGCCGACUUGACUUACCUAAACGACGCAGCAGUUUUGCACAAUUUGAAACAACGUUACUACGCCAAACUCAUUUACACAUACUCUGGUUUGUUCUGCGUUGCCAUCAAUCCCUACAAGCGCUUCCCGGUAUACACCAACCGUUGUGCCAAGUUGUACCGUGGCAAGAGGCGAAAUGAAGUUCCUCCACAUAUUUUCGCCAUUUCUGACGGCGCCUACGUCAACAUGUUGACCAAUCACGAAAACCAGUCUAUGUUGAUUACUGGCGAGUCUGGUGCCGGAAAAACUGAAAACACGAAAAAAGUAAUCGCGUACUUCGCCACCGUCGGCGCUUCCACCAAGAAACCAAGCGAAGAGCAACAGAAGAAGGGUACUCUCGAAGAUCAGGUCGUACAAACCAAUCCCGUACUUGAAGCCUUCGGUAACGCCAAGACUGUCCGUAACGACAACUCGUCUCGUUUCGGUAAAUUCAUCAGAAUUCACUUCGGUCCAACUGGUAAAUUGGCUGGUGCCGAUAUCGAAACUUAUCUGCUCGAGAAGGCUCGUGUCAUUUCUCAGCAGUCUCUGGAAAGAUCCUACCACAUCUUUUACCAGAUCAUGUCUGGUUCCGUUCCCGGUGUUAAAGAACUGUGCUAUUUGUCAAAUAACAUCAUGGACUACAAUUUCGUGUCCCAAGGGAAAACGAAAAUUCCCUCUGUAGACGAUGGCGAAGAGUUUUCCAUUACCGAUCAAGCCUUCGACAUUCUGGGCUUCACCCAAGAGGAGAAGAACGACAUUUACAAGAUCACCGCAGCCGUCAUGCACAUGGGUACCAUGAAAUUCAAGCAAAGGGGUCGCGAAGAACAGGCUGAACCCGACGGCACCGAUGAAGGUGACAGAGUCGCAAAACUGUUGGGCGUGGACACCCAGGCCAUGUACACGGCUUUCGUCAAACCAAGGAUCAAGGUCGGUAACGAGUUCGUCACCCAAGGUCGUAACGUCAACCAGGUCAACUACUCGGUCGGUGCCAUGUCUAAAGCCAUGUUCGACAGGGUGUUCAAGUUCUUGGUCAAGAAGUGUAAUGAGACCCUCGACACUAAACAAAAGAGGCAACACUUUAUCGGUGUACUGGAUAUUGCCGGGUUCGAAAUUUUCGACUUCAACAGCUUUGAACAGCUUUGCAUCAACUUUACCAACGAAAAGUUGCAACAAUUCUUUAACCAUCACAUGUUCGUUCUCGAACAAGAGGAAUACCAGCGUGAAGGUAUUGAAUGGGCUUUCAUUGAUUUCGGUAUGGACUUGGCUGCCUGUAUCGAACUCAUCGAAAAGCCUAUGGGCAUCUUGUCUAUUCUUGAAGAAGAAUCUAUGUUCCCCAAAGCUACCGAUCAAACGUUCGUUGAGAAAUUGAACACGAACCAUUUGGGCAAAUCUCCCAACUACCAGAAACCCAAACCACCAAAACCAGGUCAGAUCGCGGGUCACUUCACCUUGGCUCACUACGCUGGUAAUGUGCCGUACAAUAUCACCGGGUGGCUUGAAAAGAACAAGGAUCCCCUUAACGACACCGUCGUAGAUCUCUUCAAGAAGGGUACCAACAAACUGGUUCAAGAAAUCUUCUCUGACCAUCCUGGUCAAUCUGGCGGAGCCGACGCCGGUGGCAAGGGUGCCGGUCGUGGUAAAAAGGGUGGCGCUUUUGCUACCGUCUCGUCCGCUUACAAAGAACAACUGAACAACCUGAUGUCUACGUUGAGGGCCACUCAACCUCACUUCGUACGUUGUAUCAUUCCCAACGAAUUGAAACAGCCCGGAGUGAUCGACUCUCACUUGGUUAUGCACCAGCUGACUUGCAACGGUGUACUUGAAGGUAUCCGUAUUUGCCGUAAAGGUUUCCCCAACAGGAUGGUCUACCCAGACUUCAAACUGCGUUACAAGAUCUUGAAUCCUACCGCUGUGUCCAAGGAGUCCGACCCAAAGAAAUGUGCUGAUCACAUCUUGCAAGCUACCGGUCUUGAUUCCGAAUUGUAUCGUCUCGGUCACACUAAGGUAUUCUUCCGUGCUGGUGUCUUGGGUCAGAUGGAAGAACUUCGUGAUGAACGUCUGAGCAAAAUCGUCACUUGGAUGCAGUCCUGGAUCCGUGGUUACCUCUCCAGGAAGGAAUUCAAGAAAUUGCAAGAACAGCGCUUGGCCCUCCAAGUGUGCCAGAGGAACUUGAGGAAAUACCUCAAGCUCCGUACCUGGCCAUGGUACAAACUGUGGCAGAAGGUCAGACCUCUUCUCAACGUCACCCGCAUCGAGGAUGAGAUCGCUAAACUUGAAGAGAAAGCGGCCAAGGCACAGGAAGCUUUCGAAAGGGAAGCGAAAGCCAAAAAAGAACUCGAAGGCCUCUACUCCAAAUUGUUGAACGAGAAGACCGAGUUGUUGAACAGCUUAGAAGGCGAGAAAGGUACCUUAUCCGAGACUCAAGAGAGGGCCAACAAGCUGCAAGCUCAGAAAAAUGACCUGGAAUCCCAAUUGCAGGAAACCCAAGACCGCCUCAGCCAGGAAGAAGACGCCAGAAACCAGCUUUUGCAACAGAAGAAAAAGCUGGAGCAAGAAAUCUCUGGCUACAAGAAGGACGUCGAGGACUUGGAACUGAACCUUCAGAAAUCCGAGCAAGACAAGGCCACCAAAGACCACCAGAUUAGGAACUUGAACGACGAAAUUGCCCACCAAGAUGAACUCAUCAACAAACUCAACAAGGAAAAGAAAAUGUCCGGCGAAAAUAACCAGAAGAUCUCCGAGGAACUCCAGGCCGCCGAGGACAAAGUCAACCACUUGAACAAAGUGAAGGCUAAACUCGAACAGACGCUGGACGAACUCGAAGAUUCUCUCGAACGCGAAAAGAAACUGCGCGGAGACGUGGAGAAAUCCAAGAGGAAGGUCGAAGGCGAUCUGAAACUGACCCAGGAAGCCGUAUCCGACUUGGAACGUAACAAAAAGGAACUCGAACAAACCAUCCAACGCAAAGACAAGGAAAUUUCAUCUCUGACCGCCAAAUUGGAAGACGAACAAUCGGUUGUCGGCAAACAACAGAAACAGAUCAAGGAACUCCAGGCACGCAUCGAAGAAUUGGAAGAAGAGGUCGAAGCCGAGCGACAAGCCCGCGCAAAGGCAGAGAAACAGCGCGCGGAUUUGGCCAGGGAACUCGAGGAGUUGGGAGAACGUCUCGAAGAAGCUGGUGGCGCUACCUCGGCUCAAAUUGAGCUCAACAAGAAACGCGAAGCCGAACUGGCCAAGCUCCGCCGCGACUUGGAGGAAGCCAACAUCCAACACGAAAGCACCCUCGCCAACUUACGCAAGAAGCACAACGACGCAGUCUCCGAAAUGGGCGAACAAAUUGACCAACUGAACAAGCUGAAGGCUAAAGCCGAGAAGGAGAAGGCCCAAUACUUUGGUGAACUUAACGAUCUCCGUGCUUCUGUCGACCACUUAGCUAACGAAAAGGCCGCCAUCGAGAAAGUUUCUAAACAACUGGGACAACAACUCAACGACGUACAAGGCAAGCUUGACGAAACCAACCGCACACUCAACGACUUCGACGCUGCUAAGAAGAAGCUGUCCAUCGAAAACUCUGACCUUCUCAGGCAAUUGGAAGAAGCUGAGUCCCAAGUAUCCCAACUCAGCAAGAUCAAGGUGUCCCUGACUACCCAAUUAGAAGACACCAAGAGAUUGGCCGACGAGGAAGCCCGCGAACGCGCGACCCUCCUCGGCAAAUUCCGCAACUUGGAACACGACUUGGACAACAUCCGUGAACAGGUUGAAGAGGAAGCGGAAGCCAAGGCUGACAUCCAACGCCAACUGAGCAAAGCUAACGCUGAAUCUCAACUUUGGCGUCAAAAAUACGAAUCCGAGGGUGUUGCCAGAUCAGAGGAACUCGAAGAAGCCAAGAGGAAACUGCAAGCUCGUCUUGCUGAAGCUGAGGAAACCAUCGAAUCGCUCAACCAAAAGGUCGUGGCUCUCGAAAAGACCAAACAACGCUUGGCCACUGAAGUCGAAGACUUGCAAUUGGAAGUCGACCGUGCCAACGCUAUUGCCAACGCCGCCGAGAAGAAACAGAAGGCAUUCGAUAAAAUUAUUGGAGAAUGGAAACUCAAGGUUGACGAUCUUGCCGCCGAACUCGAUGCCAGCCAGAAGGAGUGCCGCAACUAUUCCACCGAGUUGUUCAGACUUAAGGGAGCUUACGAAGAAGGACAAGAACAAUUGGAAGCAGUUCGUCGCGAGAACAAGAACCUCGCCGAUGAAGUUAAAGAUUUGCUCGACCAAAUCGGUGAAGGUGGACGCAACAUCCACGAAAUCGAAAAGGCCAGGAAACGAUUGGAAGCCGAAAAAGACGAACUGCAGGCCGCUCUUGAAGAAGCCGAAGCCGCCCUUGAACAGGAAGAGAACAAGGUGCUCCGCAGUCAGCUGGAACUCUCGCAGGUACGACAAGAAAUCGACAGACGCAUCCAAGAGAAGGAAGAAGAGUUCGAAAACACCCGCAAGAACCACCAACGCGCUUUGGAUUCCAUGCAAGCUUCCCUCGAAGCAGAAGCCAAGGGCAAAGCUGAGGCUCUACGCAUGAAGAAGAAGUUGGAAGCCGACAUCAACGAAUUGGAAAUUGCUUUGGACCACGCCAACAAGGCUAACGCUGAGGCCCAGAAGACCAUUAAACGUUACCAACAACAACUUAAGGACACCCAGCAAGCAUUGGAAGAGGAACAACGUGCUCGGGAUGAGGCCAGAGAACAGUUGGGCAUUUCUGAAAGACGUGCCAACGCCUUGCAGAACGAAUUGGAAGAAUCUCGCACUCUCUUAGAGCAAGCCGACCGUGCUCGCCGCCAAGCCGAACAAGAACUGGGAGAUGCUCACGAACAGUUGAAUGACCUCGCUGCCCAGAACGCGUCCAUGUCCGCCGCCAAGAGGAAGUUGGAAACCGAAUUGCAAACCCUGCAUUCCGACCUCGAUGAACUCCUUAACGAAGCCAAGAACUCCGAGGAGAAGGCUAAGAAAGCCAUGGUAGACGCUGCCCGCUUGGCCGACGAACUCCGUGCCGAACAAGACCACGCCCAAACACAGGAGAAACUCCGUAAAGCUCUCGAAACCCAGAUCAAGGACCUCCAAGUCCGUUUGGAUGAAGCCGAAGCCAACGCCCUUAAAGGUGGCAAGAAAGCCAUUGCCAAGCUCGAACAAAGAGUCAGAGAACUUGAGAACGAGUUGGACGGCGAACAAAGAAGACACGCCGACGCCCAGAAGAACUUGAGGAAAUCCGAACGCCGCAUCAAGGAAUUGAGCUUCCAAGCUGAGGAAGACCGCAAAAACCACGAGCGCAUGCAAGACCUGGUCGACAAACUGCAACAGAAGAUCAAGACAUACAAGAGGCAGAUCGAAGAAGCCGAAGAAAUUGCCGCCCUCAAUUUGGCCAAAUUCCGCAAGGCCCAACAAGAGCUCGAGGAAGCCGAAGAACGUGCUGACCUUGCCGAACAAGCUAUUGCCAAAUUCCGCGCGAAAGGCCGUGGAGGUUCAGCUGCCAGAGGUGCUAGCCCAGCGCCUCAAGCAAAUAAACCAAGUCGUUUAGCGGCUAUUGCUAUGGAGUAACUUCUAUCUUCAUCUUCCAAGACAGCGCCCUCAACAACUGGACGGUGGACUCUUCCCUCCAAGGUUCGACCUUGCCCCUGAAAACGAUUUCUAAAUAACUCGCGCGCUGUGUUAACUUAACCAAUGUACGAAAGGUCCGCGCAGCUAUACCAACUUUGCUGCGUGUUGUAUUGUAAUUAUUUUUAAUAUUACUUAUAUUUAUUUUUUAAUUGUUUCGUUUAUUCCUUAAGCGUAUGAUUCCGUUGUUUCAAAUGUACCGAACUGUAUGAGAAAGGGAGAGCGGAGGUUAAAAAAGAGACAAGAGACACGUAAUUCCAUCCGCAGCCUUUGAUCUCCACAUUCUCAGUUUUUAUGAAAAUCCAAUGGUAUUUUGUAAAGUGCAGUUAAAUUAACUUAGUUGUAUGUGUGAAUAUGUUGUAUGAUAUAAGGCACCAAUAAACAGGUUAUGUCGUUGGA